AUGGCUGAUGCACGAGAAGGUCAGCCACGCGUGGCGACGAAGCUUGACGGUGAUUUGCCUAAAAUCGUACUUCCCACCCGAACGAAUCCUUCCUAUGAACAAUUCGUGAUCGGGAGAAACUCGCUGGUCCCCGGCAUCGAGGAGUUCCGGGGCAUUCCGUAUGGGAAAGUUCCCGCACGAUGGCAACAUGCGGUUCUUCGCGACCGCUUGCCCGAAGACAUCUUCUAUGCGACCCAGAAUGGCCCUCGAUGCCCACAGCCACAAGAACCCAACAAUAGCGACUUCUAUCAGUUCCAUCUCGAGUUCCCUGGUGAUGUUACGGAAUCGGAGUUUGACUGUCUCAACCUUUUCAUCACAAGGCCCAGUGCAUCCACUCUCAUUGCCUCUGGGUUUGAUCCGGAAGCUGUGAGAUUGCCGGUUUAUGUAUACAUCCAUGGUGGAGCUUACAGCUUCGGUGCAGGGACCGAUCCCAUGUGGGAUCCUGCCCGCUUGGUGAAUCGAUCCGUUGAAUUAGGCACUCCGAUGAUAGUUGCAACCAUUAACUACCGGCUUAACAUGUUCGGCUUUGCAGCCUCAUCGGAGAUUAUCCAAGCCCAACCGAACGGCCAACUGAAGGGAUGUAACUUCGGUCUGAGAGAUCAACGCACUGCUCUGCAAUGGUUAAAGCAAAAUGUUGGUGCAUUCGGUGGUGAUACAGCUCAAGUCACCGUCGGUGGGCAGUCCGCUGGAGGAAGUUCCUCUCAUGCCCAUGUUCUGGAAGCAAUAUUAGGCGAAGGAGAGCCCUUGGUCCAGCGUGGAAUUAUUCAGUCUGGUGCCGUUGGGGUACUUGGCCCUCUCAGUAUGGAGACUGCGGACAAGCGAUGGGAUAUCUUCUGCCAACGAAUCGGGGCUCCCAGUGGUGACCAUGUUUCUCGAAUGAAGUUCAUGGCCACUGUUCCGAUAGAGAAGAUUCUCCAAGCAAAUCAAGAAUUGGGCUGGCAAGUCUGCCCUCUUGUGGUAGAUGGGCUCACGAUUUCACAAAGACCAAAUGGUCGUUGGAAUAUCCACUUAGCUGGCAAGGAAGAGCAAGCGAAUAGUGUGCGGGACGGCGAGAGUUCUGCGGUCAUUUCCGUGCUCAUUGGCGAUACAGAUCUUGAGGGAUCCAUCCAUUUCUCGCAAGUAUCAGAGAUUGAAAGCUUUGAGAAGCUCAAUGCGCGGGUCGCCAGCAACGUCAAGUCCACUGAAUUUUUGGAUAAAUUCUAUCGGGCCUAUGGCUUAAAACCAAAUAUGCCCGUGUCCCGACUCCACGAAGCAAUUCUCCAAUUUCUAUCAGACAUGCAAUUUGGCAAGCCCGUACAGCUAGCCCGGGAGGAAUUGAUGAGCUGGGAUCUUUCGAAGUGCAAGGUUAAAGCAGACGGUACAAGUGCUCGUCCAACAGCCGUGCAAUCCUACCGAGUGAAGUUUGGGAACCCCUUCCCGGGUAUCAACUCCGGAAAGGCCCAGCACUGCGUGGAUCUCAUAUACAUAUAUGACUGUUUUGAGGAAGCAUUGCGUGAGGUCGAUAAAGCUCUACCGACGGGAGCUGUCACCAAUGCUUCCCUAGUAGAGCGCAUUCAAGCUGACUGGAUACGGUUCAUCACGGCUCCAUCAACUGGGGACCAGUAUGGUCUGGCCACGGUCUAUGAUGUCGACAGAACGACUGUGACUGUUUCCAUGACAAAGAAUCGAGAGUUCACCGAUAGGAAGGCUAGAUUCGAUCUCUUGGACAGCUAUAGCGUUGCUGCGCAGCAGACUAUCAAAGAGUUGAUAGGUAUUGGGCAUGUACUCUAG